AUGCCAUCCAGACUGAGGGAGACCCAGAAGCUUCAGGGCCAUGUGAGCCACAGCCAUGGCCACUUGGGAAAGUACAAGAAGCACCUGGGAGGUCAAGGUAAUGCUGGUGGCUUGCAUCAUCACAGGAUCAACUUUGACAAAUAUCGCCCAGGUCACUUUGGGAAAGUUGGUAUGAGGCAUUUCCACUUAAAAAGGAACCAGAGCUUCUGCCCCGCUGUCGACCUGGAUAAACCGUGGACCUUGGUCAGUGAGCAGACAUGGGUAAACACCGUCAAAAACAAGACCGGAGCGGCUCCCGUCAUUGAUGUGGUACGAUCGGUCUACUCCAAAGUUCUGGGGAAGGGAACGCUCCCCAAAUGGCCUGUCCUUGUGAAGGCCACAUUCUUCAGCAGAAGAGCUGAGAAGAUUAAGAGUGUUGGUGGGGCCUGUGUGCCGGUAGCUUGA